AUGGCCGAAAACACAGAGAUAGACUACACGCUCAACAACCCCGACACUCUGACCAAGUAUAAGACUGCCGCUCAGAUCUCACACAAGGUUCUCGAGGCUGUUUCAGGAUGGUGUGUCGAGGGAGCAAAGAUCAUAGAGCUAUGCGAGAAGGGCGACAAGAUGCUGGAUGAGGAGGUGGCCAAGAAGAAAAGGGGAUUGACGAUUGGAGCAGGGAUAUCUCAUCCGACCACCGUCUCUCCCAGCUCGUUUGUGACUCCAUACACUCCGCUCACGUCAGAUGCGGCGGAAGCUGCCACGGAGCUCAAGGCCAACGAAGUCGUCAAGAUCCAAUUAGGUGCUCAGAUCGAUGGAUUCGGAACCAUAGUCUGUGACACUGUCGUUGUUGGAGGAACCGUCACCGGCCGCGAAGCCGACCUGCUGCUGGCUACCUACUACGCCAACGAGCUCCUGCUCAGGCUCAUGGUUCCUCCCGGGCUCGUUGCUCAGGGAACCGAAGAAGAGAAGAAGAAGGCUGCAGCCGAGAAGCCGCCAACCCAGGCCAAGAUAUCCAGCUUGCUCGAGAAGGUUGCCAAGGCAUAUGACUGUACAGUGGUCGAGAACACCACCAGCUGGCUGUUCGAGCGCAACGAGAUCGAGGGAGCCAAGAAGAUCAUCGUGGCCCCUGGAACCGGAGUCAAGGGAGAGGGUACCCCGGAGGUCCAGGAGGUCUGGGGAGUCGAGGUCGGUCUCAGCUUGGGAUCCGGCAAGGUGAAGACUCUCGAGCACAGGCCAACCCUGCACCGCCGCACCACCACCACCUACAUCCUCAAGAGGCCCAGCUCCAGACAAACGCUAUCCGAGAUUGUCAAGAAGUUUGGAACCUUCCCCUUUAGCUUGCGCCAGCUGGACGACGAGAGGGCCGGCAAGGUCGGUGUCGUCGAGUGUGUCCGCGGAGGCGUCGUGCGCCAGUACGAGCCUGCUGGAGAGGCAGACGGCUCCCCUGUUUCCAGACUACUAACCACUGUCGGUACGUUCCCUUUGCUUUUUACUCUUUAUAAUGGCCUGAGCAGGCUGGCUGCUCCACCACCUCUCGACCUGGAGAAGGUCCAGUCUGACAAGAGGAUCACAGACGAAGAGGUGCUGGCCAUCCUUGAGCGCCCACUGGCCAAGUCUACCGGAUCCAAGGGUAAGAAGAACAAGAAGAAGAAGAAGCCGGCCAAGAAGGUCGUCCAGGAGGAAGAAGACGACGACGACGACGACGAGGACUCUGACGAAGAGUAA